AUGCUGCGUCGAAUUGCUCAGCGGUCUCUCCCGCGCCUCUCGCGCGCCUUCCACGGCUCGGCCCCCGCUCUAGCACCGGCCUCCAUGACGGUUCGAGAAGCCCUCAACACCGCCAUAGACGAGGAGCUCGAGCGUGAUGAUCGAGUCUUUGUGAUCGGCGAAGAGGUUGCCGAAUACGACGGCGCGUACAAAGUCACCAAAGGCCUGCACGCCAAGUACGGCGAUCAGCGCGUUGUCGACACCCCGAUCACCGAAGCCGGCUUUGCUGGGCUUGCCACCGGUGCCGCUAUGGGUGGUCUCCGCCCAAUUGCAGAGUUUAUGACCUUCAACUUUUCCAUGCAGGCCAUCGAUCAUAUUGUCAACUCAGCCGCCAAGACCUUGUACAUGUCCGGUGGACAAAUUCAGGUGCCGAUAGUGUUUCGCGGGCCGAAUGGGGCGUCUGCGGGCGUUGGGGCGCAACAUUCGCAAUGCUUUGCUGCGUGGUACGGAUCGGUUCCCGGUUUGAAGGUGAUCUCGCCGUACGACGUAGAGGACGCGAGGGGGCUUUUAAAGAGCGCCAUACGGGACGAUAACCCUGUGGUGUGUCUGGAGAAUGAGCUUAUGUAUAAUGUUGUGUUUGACAACUUGUCGGAUGAGACGCUGAGCCCGGACUUUUUGUUGCCGAUCGGCAAGGCAAAGGUGAUGCGCGAGGGGACCGACGUCACUAUUGUGGCGCAUAGCAGACCGGUGGCUUUCGCGCUGGAGGCGGCGGAGAUUUUGGCGGAGGAGGGCGUGUCGGCAGAGGUAAUUAACUUACGUUCGAUUCGUCCGUUGGAUCGUGAAACGAUUACAGAGAGUGUGAAGAAGACUAAUCGAUUGGUGACGGUGGAAGGAGGAUGGCCAAUGUUUGGGAUUGGAUCUGAGAUUUGCGCUGCGGUGUUUGAAUCGGAUGCGUUUGAGUACUUGGAUGCACCCGUGCAGAGAGUUUGUGGAGCAGAUGUGCCAACACCGUAUGCUGAUAACCUGGAACAGAAGGCAUUUCCGAAGACAGACGACGUUGUGACGGCGGCGCGAGCGGCGAUGGCAAGGAACUUGCCGUUGGCGGCCUAG